AUGAUUGGCUAUCUGAAAAAAGAAAACCUAAUUGAACCUGGAUGUAUGUAUCUUAGAAAAAAUUAAGCUGAAAAGGUGAUAGUUGCAGGGAAGAUAGAGAGAAAAAUUUUUGAGAAUAUUGAAAUGGAGCCUUUUGAAAAGGAAUAGCUGAAAAAUUUAAAGUAAGCUUUGAUUAACCAUGCACCCUUGAGAUUACCAAAAGAGUAAGAUUCAUCGAUAUUUUAAUAGAUGGUAAGAUAGUGACUACUUAAGAAUCUUGGCUUAUUGUGAUUAUGAUAUAGCAAAUACCAUUCAAGUACUAUAUUUAGAUAAAUAUAAAAGGUCUUAAGGCAACAUCUAAAUUGGAGAAAUAAGAUUAAUUUAGAAAUUCCUCCAGAACCUAUCUUAGUAUCAUUUUUAAUUAAUUUGAUAGUUAAAUGGGGCGCUUUACAUACAUGGCCACGACAAACGUUUUCGACCAGUUAUCAUAAUUAACACACUAAAAGCUCUUAAAGUAAAUAACGAUAUGUAUAUUGUGGUAGUACAAACUCUAAGAAUUUAGGGAGGGUUUUGAUUAUUUAUUCACAAUGCUAAUUAGAGAUGUUUUGAUAUCAUAUUAUGUUGAAUCAACAAUAAUUUUAGUAGAUAUGAGCAAUUUAGAUUAAUCAUCACUCCCUAUAACAAAUGAAGCGAUCAAUUUUGUGAAAAACUGCGAAUACAAUUAUUAUGGAAGAAUUCAUAAAAUCUAUAUAAUCGAAGACUUUUAGAAAUGGCAAUGCAAUCAAUUACUUUAAAUCUUAAAACCUGAAUCAUAAGACAAAAUAGUUUUACUUUAAAAGAAGAACCUUUUUCAAUUAACAAAUUAAAUUGAAGAAAAUUAAUUAGAAUCUAAAUAUUUAGGCUUAUAACCAGACAUUUAAACUAAUUUUUGGUAGAUAGAUUAAAAUUUAAUUUAGGCCACCCAAAGAUCUUUCACCAAAAAAAAUAGAAAAAAAGGAAAAAAAAGAAGAAGCAAAGACUGUUAUGAGUUACACCGAUGAAUAUUUAUCCAAAUCCCAGUUAAUCAUACAAAGAAGUCGUCCAGAAAGUAGUCAAAAUAGUCAACUUUUUCUUUAAGUUUAUAAUGAAGAAUAAGAGGUUGUUUUAUCAGAAAGUCACUUAAUUGAGCUGGCUGAUUCAAUCAACAACAUCUUAGAAUAUGUAAAGCUAUAAAAUAAACUUUCAAGUUUCCUGAUUCCCAGUUUCAAUCCUCUCAACAUAAUAACUAUAAAGGCAUAGAUUCUGCUCCAUUAUAAUCAACAACAAUAAAGCCAAGGGAUUUGUAAAAGUAGGAAUCAGAAAUUUGGAGUGGCUCAGAAGUUUAGAUGAGUUCAAAUCUAGUUUUAUAAAAUCAAAAACGAGAUCCUUGUUGCCAAAACUCUUCUAUCUGUUAAUUAAUCUGA